UUAAUGGAAAUCAUGACGACAAUUUCGGAGAUGGAUUCGUUGAUGGCAACAGCGUGGGCAUCCAAAAAACUCUCGGUUAUAGCGACCGGUAGCUCGAGCCCUUGCUUAGAUCUGAGGAGGAUCAAUGAUGACCUUGCUGAAGCAUGUAAAGAUGUUGACUUUGUUUUACUAGAGGGUAUGGGUAGAGCGAUCCAUACAAAUUAUAAUGCAAGGUUUUCGUGUGAAUCCCUUAAAAUUGCAGUAUUUAAGAGUGCUGAUACUGCCAUGGAGUUUGGAGCUCUCAUGUAUGACGCAAUGAUAUUAUAUGAAGAGGGACAAUGA